UAUUAUUCUGUUGCUUAUGGAAACUAACUGUGUAGUGUAUUUGACAACACCGUCUCUGAACUGAAUAGCGAACUAGAUAGAAGCAAAAUUAAUUAAUUGUCGCGAAGUAAAUAUUAUCUUGGAUAGUUUUUACAAACUCCUUUAAAAAAUGUCCGAAAUUAUAACUGUGAAAACUGGUGAUUUUCUAAAUGUCAGUAUUACAACACCUUAUGAUGAAGUUGCCUGUCUUUUGGAAAAGAGAUUUAAUAAGGGUAUAACAGUUGCUGAGACAAAGGAAAAACUUGAGGUAUUUACUGGAGCUCAAACAGCCACGAUGAAAAUCAAAGUUUUCAAUAAAGACAACGAGCUUGUGUGCACACUCGACAAUGAUGACGCUCUGCUGGGAUCUUAUCCGAUAGACGAUGGAAUGAGGUUUCAUAUCGAGGAUGCGUUCAUUUUAAGAAAAGAACUCGAUACUGCUUCUGUUGAAAAGUUUGACAUCUCAGAAGAAGAAUAUGCAAAGCGACAAGACACAGUCAAAGCGUACCUCGAAAGAAACAGGCUUGGAAAAUACAACAAAGAAGAGGUAGAGAAGAAGGAGUUGGAGAAGAAAAAGGAAGAGGAAAUGGAAGAAAAGUUGGCAGAGAAGAUCAAAGUGAAUGACAGAUGUUUGGUGAGAGUGGUUGGCCAGCCUGAAAGGCGGGGAGAGGUUAUGUUUGUAGGAAAGACAGAGUUCAAACCAGGCUGGUGGGUUGGCAUUAAGCUGGACGAACCUCAAGGAAAGAAUGAUGGCUCCUUUUACAACAGGGUGGACAAUUUGAGUAAGCGGUGUUCGGUACUUUGAGUGCCCUCCGAAGUACGGAAGUUUUGUUAAACCGCAGUUUGUGGAAGUGGGCGACUACCCUGAAGAAGAACUCAACUUAGACGAUGAACUUUAAAUAAGGCACCACACGCAUUCCACAGCUGAUUCCUAAUUUGCUUACUAAUAAUUUAUUUUCAAUUUUUUACUCUUUGUAUAUAGAUCUAGUACUUUCAUCUAAUUGUUCUAACGUAGUUAAAUCUAGUGUUUCUUGUGCUCGCACGUAAGUCGCUAAGUAUUUUUGUAUUUGGAGUUGAGACGGUUGUGAUAUUGAUGAAAGAUUGUUUUAGUUUAAUAAAUACAGUUUGUUAACAAUUA